AUUGUUUAUGCUUCCUGCAGGCCACGCCUUUCUUCUGAACUGCACCGCAGCAGUACAGCAGUGAAAAUGGAAGAGCUCGAUGAAGAAAACGCUACAACCAAUCAUACUCAUUCAGGGCUUCUUUCUUCUGAGCAAAAGUACAUUAUAUUGUUGACAAUGUGCGUUUUGUCAAUUAUUUCAAUUAUUAUAUGCCUGAUUGCUAUGGUCAUGGCUGUUAAAUUUAAGCUACACAAAUACUUCGUUCAUCGUCUGGCAAUCUACCAAGUCCUAUCAGCUAUGCUUUACGAUGCAGUUUUGGCCUUAGAGGUAGUAUUCAUUAAUUAUGAUACAAAAAAAUCAGUUUAUUAUCCUGUUUGUGUUGUUGAAGCAUUUCUGAUAGAGUAUUCCAUCUGGAUUAAGCUAUUAUUUACAUUUUGUUUAACUUUUCAUUUGUUCUGCUUCUCAGUUUUUCAUGUUAACUUAAAUCGACUUGAAAUUGUUUACAUAUUGGUGUCUACUCUUGGGCCUGCAUUGUUUACUUGGGUACCUUUUGUCAAUGGUCUUUAUGGUCUAGCUGGAGCUUGGUGCUGGAUACAGAACUGGAAAGGAGACAAUGCAUUAAAGAAGCUACCUCAAGGAGAAAUUGAACAGUAUACUCUUCUAUAUGGGCCAGCUAUUUUCUGUCUCCUGCUAUGUGGUGUAGCUGUAGUGAUAGUAACAGCGAUACUAGUCCACCGAGCUUAUAACUGUAAUUGCUGCAAUAAUAAAAUUCAUGAUGACGACGAUAAUGAGAAUCAACCAUUAUUGAAAGAACAACUGACUGAGCAAAAAAAGAAAGUUUUGCGUGAGAUGCUACCACUCGUAAGCUAUCCAAUACUCUCUCUCAUGUUCUACAUACCAGCAUUUAUCAAUCGAUUAGUAGGCUCAAUAUCACAAAGUCCUAAUUUUAUAAGUUUCAUGUGGAGUGGUGUGUCACUGCCAUUAAUAGGUCUCUUAGCCGGAGUCUCUCUUAUCGUUCACAUAUUCAUUUUGGAGCAUCCUAAAAGAAGGAGCACUAUUAAGAAGCGUAGACAGCUAGUAGAUGUCACACAAAGAAUCAAAAGUAUCAAUGAUGUAUUUACUACUGAUACUGUUGCAUCAACAGCUGCAAAGACUCAUUUUGAAGUUCCUCCAGAGAGUGCUAUUGAUGAAGAGUUGAACCCUUCAAUGAAUUAAGAGUGUUAAUGUAUAUUUUUGCUGACAAUUUAGGCUAAAUUUUAUUAAAUUAGGAGUGUAAUAACUGCAAUCAAAUGAAUAGAUCUAGCUAUAGUAAUGAUACUCCUAUCAAAGCUGUAUUUCCUUUAUGAAAGUGAACUAUAAAGGAGUUAUAAUAACUAAA